AGGUUCGAUCGUUUAACUUCUGAAAUAUCAAGAAGUACAGUUGAAAACUCAAGCUUAAAGAUACAGGAUAAGGAUAAACACAGUGGAUCGACCAACUCAGGAAACUUGAUUGAAACUUUCGCCUCCUGUGGGGUAUUAAAAACGUCGUUGUAGGAUCACUGACCAAGACGUCUUCUGUCUGAAGCGGAGGGAUUUGUUGCUUAUAAGCUGAAAACACGUCGUGAUCACUUCUUUGAAUUCUUUGUUUACCUUCUAACGCCUUUUUUUGCGGGAAGUUACAGUUUGUAUCGACAAUGCAUUCACCUGUGGAAGCCAAGGCCCUGAUCUUUGAUUGUGAUGGAACUUUACUGAACACUAUGCCCUUACAUUGGAGCGCUUGGUGUGCUAUUUGUAGAGAAACGGGCUUGAGAUUUAAUAAGGAAAGCUUUUACGCGCUCGCGGGAGUUCCGGGUAGAGAAAUUAUCCGCGAACUAGCAAAUCAACAAGGGAUCGUUCUUGAUCCUAUGGAAGUGUACGCACGAAAGAAGGCUUUCUUUCUAAAUGGACUUAAAUCUGUCAGAGCGAUACCCUGUGUUGUUCAAUUUGCCUUGGAAGCAAGGAGAACUGGAAUACCAACCGCUGUAGCGUCUGGUAGCUCACGCGCUCAAGUUGAACAAGGUACGAUGUGGACGAUGGGAAGGUCAAGGGUGAAUCUGUUUUUCGUUUUUCAUAAAUUUUUGGCUCCUGCGCGAGAGGUUACUUCCUAAAAGGAAGUAUUCCUUCAAUUUCUUUCUAGCUUUUCUGUUUAGGAUAUUAUUUGGCGAUAAUUUAAACACAAGCUUUAGGGCGUAUUUACAUGUUUUACAAAGAAUCUGAUAAUUCGAUUCAAUCUCAUUGUUCUUUUCGGGUUCAAAGUCCACGCCGCGAUCAUUGGCUUCUAUCUUUGGAAAGCUGCGGCUGGCUAAUCCAUAUAAUAGGGAUUUGAAACAACAACCCCUGAAAGCAGUAAAGUUCAAGGGCUCCUGAGGCAAUCUCCAUUCCGCCACAAUUACAAAAGAAUCAUUUUCUGCUAGUCUAUACCUUCACUUACUGAGUCUUUAACUAUGUGAUACAUACCCUCAGGUAGAAAACUGACAGUUAUUUUGUCUAUUUUGGUGAGGGAAUGAGGUGGAAACAAUGAGAAAUUGUUUGAGUGCACUUUCACAGCUUUGCUGCUUACUGGAGCCCUCACUGGCAAAAGCCCCAGCAUUGCAGUUUACUGCAGUACGGCCAACUCUUUCUUAAUGGACACCUCUAUAAAACAGACCCCUCACUAAAAUGGACACCUAGAGUUGGUCCGUGCCUUUCUUUACCCCUUUCAAUUCACUCUCUAUAAGAUGGACACCUCUCAAAGAUGGACACAUAGUGCUGGAAAAGGUGUCCGUCUUAUUGAGAGUUGACUGUAGCAGUUUUAUCUAAGGAAGUUUAACUGUGAGGGAGACUACCCCUAUACCCACCCCAGCAAAAACCUGAUGCUGGAUAUAGACACUGGAAAAAUCCUUCUUUCAGAUGGAUUUGUCGUUAACCAUAGAGUAUCCAUAUUAUGUAUUUAUGUAUGAUAGUGUUCUGAUGGAAAUUUCGUAGAAGUCGUCGAGGGCUGAAUCACAAAAUCAAAUCGAUUAUACAUUUUAUUUAUACUACCAUUAAUUCAGCCACUUAAGCUAGAAACUUCAAUUAGGUUCCAGUUAACUUCAUAUCAUCUAAAUUAUGAUCCAUGUGUUUUUGAUUUUGUAUCUCUUACGUACUCAUUUGGAAUUCCUGGUAAAAAUCAAAAAUACUUAUUAAAACAAGCUCAAAAAUGUUGUAUUAUUCUAUAUUAGUGAAUUCUAUUUUAUUAAUUUUCUCUGUACAGCAUUGACGGAAACUGGUAUUCGAGACCUGUUUAAUGUAAUUGUUGGAAAUGAAGACUACAAGAAUGCCAAACCCAGUCCGGAUGCCUUUCUGACAGCAGCCAACCAGCUGGGAGUGUUGCCGCAAUUCUGUUGGGCCUUUGAAGACUCGUAAGUAUCUCAAACCAUUAAAAUUAUAGCUUGUGAUAAGAAAACAAAGGGAUGUACCGUCAUUAAAACUUUGAAGAUGGAAAAUCUAAUAACUUUUUUAACCUUAAUAUUUUAUCAUUGAUUUUAUCAUUUUAUCAUUGACCAUUUGAGAAGCUAUUAAUGCUCAAAACAGGGUCUCAUUCAUUAUUACAAAUUGUCUGUGCCUUUUCUCAAGCCACCUCAUUGUGUCUGAUAUCAAUAGUAAAAGCUGCUCUCAAGAGCCUAACAAAAAACAAACACGUACAUAAAUGUACUGCCUAUAAGUAGUAAUAAUAAUAUUAUUUACUCAGUACCCUGAUAAUAUUGCAGACAUUAAGUAUUUGCCAUUAAUAUAUCAGCUAGUUAUUGUUUGCAUUAUUAAUUAAUAAAUCUAUUCAUUUAUUUGAGCAAAUCCCACGUAUUUACAUCCAAGGUAAAGAGUUUAUUUUUUAAAUUGUUUAUCAUACGAUUUAUCUUAUUUUUUUCAGAGACAUUGGCAUAGAGGCAAUAAAAAGAGCUGGUUUUGCCAAAUUUGUAGAUGUACGGCAUUUAGAAGGUUAUCCUGAAGAUGAUAGUAGAUGA